AUGGCUAAUAAUAUGGACUCGUUCUUGUCGGAUUUGAAACAAUCUCAGUUUGACAGUCUCUCCGAUAUAAGGAAAUCCCAACAAGAAUUCCUCAAUUCGAUCUGUGACAAUGAACGGUCCAGCUAUAAUUCUGAUAGCGAUUUUGGGAGACAAAAUGUAAUACAUAUUGAUGGGGCCUCAGCUUUAAAUAAUCUAUUGAAUUGUGAUGGUUCAAAUACCGCUAUUGACUUUACUGGAUCUACCAGUACGGAUAAAUCUCCAGAAGUCGUUGAGAAUGAGAAGACCGCUACUAUCAUUGCCCCUAUGACGAUUAGGCCUAGUAUUAAUAAUUCUACCUCGCAGAGUGAUAGAAGUAAAAAGUUGCCUUCGUCAACUAUUACUUCAGGCAUGCUAGAUGUCGAUGUAGAUACCGACUUGAAUAAUGAUAAUUUUAAUUCGACACGAGAGUCUCAAACUCUACAAAGAGCAGACGAAUUUUCAGGGAUAUUCUCACAAUACAGCGAAACUGCCAGACCGGAGAAUUGCCAGAAUUUGAGCAUAACGAAGGUUAACAAAUCUAUUUGGGAUUCUUUAUCGUCGGAUACGAGAUCGUCUGAUAUCAAACUCCAAAAAGUACAACAGCUGAUUAUAAAAGGAUUAGUUCCAUUAACACUGUUGGUACAGAAUUUCAUGGAAUCUCCACAAAGCGACACCGCUUCCGGUGAGGUUACUAACAGUAAAGACUGCUUUAGAAUGUUGACAGACUCAAUGGCUUUGUUUGCGGCUGCAAACUCCGAAGUUAAUGGAAGGCGUCAGGUAUUAAUGAAACCAGAUGUGAACUCAUCUUACCGUUCCCUAUGUACUGUUAAAGGGGAGAAUGGUCCUCUACUGUUUGGAAAUGAUUUACCUCAACGCCUACGAGACAUCAGUGAAACCAAUCGAGUCACUAGUCGAGUUUUUGGUCAACAAAGUCGACCAUAUCGUCCUGAUAAUAAUUUUAACAGAGAUUAUACUAGAAAAGGAUCUCGUCAAUUCCAUCCUUAUAAUAAACCUAAUUUCCAACCACGAUUUAAUCAAAAUGGGUCCAAUAAGUAUCGUGGAAACACCAGAGGAAAGGGUCCUUUUUAG